CAAAUGUCACAUGCUUUGCAGACUUUGCUUCAAGCCUCAUGCGUCCUCCAUGGUGAGCAAAUCUUUGGCUAGUCCUUUGAACUACCAGCGCUUUGAACUGCUGGGAUGAGAGCCCGAAAGCUGGAGUUUGGCAUUUGUGGUUUGGAUAUCACCUAUCCACGUGAUCGACUGGGCAAGCUCUUCCAAAGGCCCGACGCAUGCCGCGUGGAGCCCGUCGCAGCCUUUCAGUUGGCAUAUCAAGGAUUUCCUUGGGAGAGGGCUGUGGGCUACCGAGACUCCGAUGUGACCCUCGAGGGGCGCCGUUAUCCGGGUGGUGAGACUUAUCCAUCCUGGCGAGAGAUCGAGGAGAUGAUUACAGCCAUGCCGGCUGGGACAAAGCUCUCUUAUCAUUUGAAUGAAACGCAAGACUGGAAGUACGUCUCCUGGCUGCUGACGGGGGACGAGCGCAUGGAACGGCUGAUCAGCUUCCUAUGUGAGAACGAUCGCUUCAAAGCCCGGCACAUCCAGAUCAACGUCAGUGCACGAGGGGUGGAUCCCACGCUCUUUAGCGUCGGCGAGGGCACCUUGAGUUCUGAGACCGUGGUGAAGCUGGCGGCGAGAUAUCCGGAGACCAUCUUCUUGCUCUCGGUCUUCGAGCGCGAUGGGGUGACCUCCUGGCCCUGGGUCCGUCAAACGCUGGACCUCUCCCGCGGGGCGCGCGCGGCUUCCGCCACGCACGCGCGGACGCUGCAGAACCUGGCGGCCUUCUUCGAUGACAGCGGCGGCUUGGGGAUCCAACCCACGGAGGUGCCAGAGAUCCCGGUGGGCUAUCCACGCGGUGUCGGGCAGCCCAUCGGCUUCACCGGCGGCAUCGUGGCAGAGAACGUGAAGAGCUGGUUGUCGAGGUACGAGGAACGAGCACAGGAGGCGGAGUGCUGGUGCAUUUCGGAUGCUCAGUCGGGCUUUCGAGUGGAGCACAGUCGCUCGAAGCCCAUUGAUGCUGAAAAGCUGGAAGACAUGGUGAAGAGGAUUUAUGAGUACGGAGCCGAAACUGGGGACCGCACGCUGCAGGAUCUCCGUGAAGAGGCACAGAAGAAGCUGGAGACACUGGAUGAGUCCGAACUUCUGGAGUUCGUCACGAAUUCCACGGAGAAGCAAGAUUCCUUGACGUUUUCAGCAAGCAUGGGCUAUGGUGACAGUGCCGUUCUCGCGCCUGGUGCAGCACUAGAGGAUUCUGCUGGCUCAGGUCCGACGAGCCGCGGGGGAAGUCGCCAGGAAUUCCAGAGAGAUUUGGACCAGGUGGAAGCCAAGUUUCGCUCCACGUUGGGAACUGAAGGGCUAACGCGGCAAAGAUGGAUGAUGCUUUUGAUGAAGGCCGGUUGCGCAUCACAGGAUGCCAAGGCGUUGCUGAAGGACUACGAGGAUAGCCACAGCAUCAGUGCCUUGUGGUGCGUGUUCGAGGACGUGUCGUUCAGCGUUUGGAUCUUCCUGGACCCGACCGACCCAGUACUCUAGAAAAUGGUACAUGGCCCUAUAAAAACAGGUACUUGUACCUAUUUUCCGAGGUACUUUGAGACUCCAGGUUGACACCAACAGCUUUCAGUGUGGAGUUCCCAAAGUGGUUCUUGGGACCCACAAACAGGUCAAGCUGUGGUAAAAGGGAGGAAGGUUUUGGAUGCAUGUCUUCGAAGACUUGGUUCGGGGUACCAAGAUCUGGUUAGUUAGUGACUCUCUGAGCGCAGCAUUUCUUGGGUUGUGAACGAUUCAGAUGUUGCUGUUGUUCAUUGCUCCAACCGCAAAUUGAGGAUAAAUUCAAUUUAAGGACAAACACCUUGUUGGCAAGCCACAUUACACUGAAAUGACCUCUAGUGACUCUAGUAUAUGGUAAAAGUGUGAUAGACGAGCUAGACGACUAAAAGAUCCACAAAGAUCAAAGGAAAGCUAGACAAACUAACCCUUCUGUUGGGAUUCUCCCCAUGCCAUUGCAACACCGACAUCCUUGGGUGCCUCAACUUGAAGCGUAAGAAGACCAGGCGUAAGAAGCUUCUUCUACCUGCUCCGUGGCAAAGUUGCAGAUCCUGAGGCGGGAAAUAGAGCGCCACGUCUUCACGGAUUCCACAAACAUAAUCCCUAGUGCUCCUUUGAGCCUCCAAACUCACCCCAACCACCUUCUCAGGAGGUAGUUGGACCGCGUGGGAGACCGAUGAAGUCGUUUGGCUUGCUUUUUUGUAUGUUUUCUUUUUCUCCAUCCUGCGGGGAAGGAGGAGUCCCACACCCACACCGCCCACACCAAAGCAAGUGACACCACUGGAUGAUUAGCGGGCCGUUGGAGCAAGAUUCAGCUUAAAGGACCGCUAUACAUGCCUUGACCAUAUGCUGGACAAUCUGACCACUUCAAGCAACUUCAAUCUACACGCCCUGAGAAAAAUAAUGGUUACGUGGA